ACGUAACGUCAGGAGAGAGGCCGUCAAAGGUGCUCAUCUUCCCGUCGCCGGAAUCGUAACCCUAACAUUCCUUCGCUCCCUCAAUUCUCCACUGUUUAAAUUUCAUCGUCGUGGUUAUACAUGGUGUUGUUUUUAUAAGAAAAGAAAUCUCCAAAUGUAAUGGAGAAGAACGAGUGGGCAGAUGCGGUAUGUACGGUUUGUAUGGAGUGUCCUCACAAUGCUGUUCUUCUCCUAUGUUCAUCUCAUGACAAAGGUUGCCGUCCUUACAUGUGUGGAACUAGCUUCCGUUAUUCCAAUUGCUUUGAUCAGUAUAAGAAGACUAAGGCCAAUUUAAAGUGCCCGCUGUGCAGAGGCCAGGUCAAAGGUUGGACUAUUGUACAGCCUGCAAGAGAUGGUCUGAAUCUUAAGAAGAGGAGCUGUAUGCAGGAGAAGUGCUCUUUUGCUGGAACCUUCAAGGAGCUGAGGAAACACAUGAAAAAAGACCACCCUUGUGCACAGCCGCGUGAAAUAGACCCUGCUGUGGAGAUGGAAUGGCUAAGGUUGGAGAUUGAGGAGGACCGUAACGAUGUGAUGAGUGCAUAUGGCUUAGAAUCAGAUGAGGAAAUAGUCAGGAUACGUAGCAGGAGGAACCUUCGCCCACGCCGAGAGAACAUUUUCCUAGAUGAUAUUGGAUAGCAAGUUACUGUAUGUUGUUUUAUAUUUCACUUCUGUAUCCUUCUGAACUAAGACCAAAUGUUUAUCACUCAAAACUUCUUAUUCUGCUUU